AUGUUUUUAGGCGUUAUUAGAUUCAGACAACAAUUGCAAGUUCACAAAAAUAAAGAAACCCCGGCUCACGGCAAUGAUAAUGAUAAUAAAAAGUUGUCUGUAAUACAAGAGUAUCUGCAACGGUCACCGGAUUGUGAAGAGAUUUUUGGGAUAUGGGAUAUGCAGCAGACACACAAUAUAACACGCCUUCAAAUCGCCAUCCCAGACCUACUCGCAAAAAUUCUCGACUUUGCAAACUCAAAUACCACAUCAAUUACCAAAGCAACAGGCACACUAAUAACUCGCAACAUCAUCACGCGAAACUACAUGAAAACCAUUCACCAGAAUCUCACGUCUGGGAAUCUUCCGUUGUAUCAGGCGACACUUCGGUUGCUGAUUGCUAUGAAUUCGUGUGGCGCGUCGACUACUCGUGAGGUUUAUCAGAACUUUAAUUUUGGGAUGAAGGCACUUGGAAAAUUAUUUAACACGCGACGAAAACAAUCAACUGAUGAAAACGUCAAAUCACCAAAGACCGACGUUCGUACACUAUACAUUUAUUUCAUCCUAUCAUUUUUCAAAUACGGCGACAGUAAACUAAAACAAGAAAUUCUCGGCAUAAAAAAUUUCGUUAGUGGGUUGUUUCCCGGACUCAUGCAUGAUUCUUAUGAGUUUAUAGACGAGGUCCUCACCACACUGUACAAUCAUGUGAUCAUUGAUAACGAGAUAAAUCGUACUGCUAAAGUAGGGUUUUUCAAUAAUUGGAUAUUAGAUCAGAACCGUAAUAAUGUUCAAGGUUCAGAUCGUGGCAUCAAUGAAAAGAAUUUCCGAGUGUACAAUAUAAUACUGUUACGAUUUAUUGUAAACCUGAAUCCGACUAAUGAUCUAAGACAACAAGAGUUGUUGUUGAAAAUAUUAAAAGUUUGUCCGGAGUUAGUGUAUCCAUUCUGGAAAUCAAUACAUUUUUCAUUCGAGCCCCGCCUAUCAUACAAAUGGCUAUUCAACAUGACUCUCGCACAAAAAAUAAUUUCUCUCUCUGUUCCAGAACAGCAAACAACAUCGAUACCCAAACACCAUUAUUAUAAUCAUCCGCCUGAUCAUCCACCACCUAUGCACAUCAUCAUGGAAAAUAUUCUGCCCAAUGUGAUAAAUCGGUUUACUCUGAGUAAAUGUAUACAGCAUCAAAGUCCUUUUAUUAAAUACAAAACUAUGAUUGUUCUUGCAGCUGCGUUUCUGAAAUUCGGAACAGUUGUUCGAUGGUUUCGGGGAGUGUCCAAGUCAUUCGCAGAGGUGGGGGCGUCCACUGUGAUAUUAAGCAAAUGGAAUAAAUCAUUACAAGAUAUUCACGAAGAGAUGAAAAGACGCGUUCCGGAUCUAAAAGUCAUUUUGUCGCUUCAUUCGUCGAUUCUCGCUGAUGCUAAACAAAUUAUGUCGUUACCAUCUUCGUCAGCAUCUAUUACUACUAGCACUCCAUUAAUCGAAGAUGAUGAACCACUUCAAGAAUCCAAAGUCAGAAACGACUUACUCUACGAAAGCGUCUUACGAAUAAUAAAAUACUAUCAAACGUACAUUCCCGAAUCGACAAUAUCCGAUGCGAAAUUUGAUGUUGGAAGGUUCAUACCGGCAGACUUUUUUGAAACGAAUAUGCAACUGUUACUGCAGAAACAUUUGUUGGAGAUUUUGUUGGUUGUGGAUGAUUUCAAGUGGCGGAAUCGACCGUCUGAAUCAUCGCCCACUCACAUAUAUACACUCUUGGACUUAUACCUUUCUUCGACGCCGUAUCACCAAAUCCAAGAAUUGGCAGAGCGUGUUCUCGAACGACAUCUUGCAGACUCGAUUGUUUUCAAUUAUGAGUCUGGAGAUUUACGUAUUUGGCUCGAUUCGUUAAAACAAGGGGUUUUUGGGGCUGCUGUAAACGACAUGGACUGUGACAAAAUUAACAGCAGCAAUGAUAAUGUUAAUAAUAGUAAAAACAAUCGAAAAGAAUUGUUAUCCUUCCUUGAAUCAUGUAUCCUUCGAUGUCUUCAGUCACCAUAUCGGUAUAUCGAUGACGCUAGAAAACUUAUGAGUGAUGCUCUACGGAAAAAAAGUGAGCGUGAAGAUAUGGAUAUGGAUAUUGUUGAUAACGAGAUCGAUAAAGAAAACAGUUCUCGAUUGAACGACAUUGGGUAUAGUAUUAUUAGCCCAUUAUUACUGACCGUAAUCGAACAAUUUCAGUACAUAAACAAAGACACAACCCGUUCAGUCGUGGUAGCUUUUUUCAUCUCGAACUUACUCAAGAAUUUCCACGAGAAAAGGCAUCAAAAAAUAAUUCUGGCCAAUAUUUUUUUCGAGUGCGCUAAUCGGUUACAUGCGACUGUUUCUGAUAAUGGCGAUGAUGAAGACAAUGACAAUUCGAAGACGACAGCGCCCAAAAAAACCAUAUUUCCGUCUGCAAAAGAACAACUUAGAGAUCUUGUUGCAUAUUUUGAAAACUCUAUGAAAUUUCAUAAAAAAAAGAAGUCUCUAGAUAUUUCUGCGGAUGAAAUUAAUUCUCUAAAGAAUAGUUUCGAAAAUGUGAAUCUUGAGCAAUUACUAGAAAUAUGGAAAAGUCAUCAGCCGCUUUCACAAGAGCUUGAGAUUGCUUUUUUACAGAAACUGGACGAGUAUAUGGUUCCCGGAUUCGGGGUAGUUGCUGUCACUGUUGACGAGCAAUCACAUAAUGACUAUUAUGUCACUGACCAUAAUAAUAUUAGUGGCAGUAGUCGAAAUAAUAUUUUUGAGUCCGCCGAAAAAAGACUUUUUAAUAUUCUACCUAGCAAAAUCGCUGACGAAAUCGUGACGUGCAUAAUAACAACAAUAAACGAAAUCACUCAAACACGUGCAAUAAUAUUCGGAAACCUUGUUCGUGCACAUCCGAGUGUUCGUCAUAGAUUUGUUGAUUGGAUACUAUCACUUCAAAAUAAUGACGACCAUGAAACGCGUUAUUUUAAUCAUGAUAAUGAUAAUGAUAAUGGAUUUUUGGAAAAUCUUGUUAUCGUUAUCGAAGCUUUUCUUGAUUCUGUAUUAGUAAAGACUAAAAACAACAGCGAUGAAAAUAGAAUAAUUUGGGCACAAUUUACGACUAAUCGUGACAAACAAGCGGUCAGUGUCUUAAUUGACAAAUAUAGCCAGAAAAUAUUCGAAAAAAUUGAUGUGUCGUUGACUAGAGAAUCACCGUCUAUAUUUGCUCGUGUGUUGUGUAAUAUGCUUUGGUUAGGCUCGUCUUCGUCUUUUGCACAGACGUACAAUAGAUUGAACGAUGGGGUGAAGAAAAUCAUGUUUGAGAAUCCUAAAGAGAUUGAUAGAUAUUUCGGAUUGGAUUUUUUAUGUGUUGUAAAGUGUUGUUUAGUUAAUUUUAAAAAAGAAAAUAAUGACAGGGAAUCUGAAUAUGAGGAUCAGGCAAAGCACUACAAGAUUUUUAUUUCUGUAUGUUUGCAUCACGCCACAUUGCUACUUGAAAAAAAUGCAAUGAAGAAUGUUCCAUAUGAAGCUGUCACAGCUUUAUUCUCGCACAUUGACGGUUUGAUAAAUCUUCUCGUCCCAAAAGCAGCAAUACUAGACGCCAAUAUAGUCGGCGAAUUUAUCUUUGUGCUGUUAGAAAAGAAAUUCGAGGAUGCGAUGAUUAUACAGUGCGUUAAGUCGUUGAUAAUGUGUGCUUAUUCCAAAGGACAAGUUCUCGGACCACCACUCGCCAAAAUUCUCGAGUCAAUACUAAACAACCCCCAAUUUCAAAUAUUAGCAAGACCACCAGACCUAUCCUCCAAGUCAUCACUAACCACAUCACAAAAAUCGCCCACAUACACCAUACGAUUGUCCAUAUGUUGUCUCUUACACGCAAUUUUCCGAAUUUCACGGUCCAAUAAUCAAUUCUUCUCACCAUCCUUUUUAAAUCAAAUAAUUUCAAUAUAUGGUGCAUCGACGUCUCCAGCAGAUCAAUUACUUCUCGAAAUUCUAGUCACUUUUGAGAAAGUCACACGUGGGUCGAUUGCUUCGCAUGUGCUAUGUUGGGGGCCUGCUGGGUCGGUCUUUUCUAACACUAGUGGUGGUAAUAACAGCAAUCGGAAUCUAAUGGGCCCAAAUAUAGUAAUUGAGUCUUUGGGAUUGAUUGAACCGGCGGUAAUGUUGCAUAGUUAUACGCGGUUCCCAAUGAACAAAAAUUUGGAAGUUUUCAUAGAUGAUAAAGUUAACGACAUUAUCACAAAUAGCUACAAAUAUGAUAAAGCAAAAGAAAAUACAGAACAUUCAUAUGACCCAUCCUUUUUCUUGCCAUUAUUCGCUAAUCUGAUUGCAUCCUACGGCACGUUGAUAGACUGCCGAAAAUUUAUCGAAAUCAAUGCAUUGGGGUUUGUGGUAGUUGCGUCUUCGUCGUCGUCCGAGAGUAUGAGACGUGCUACGUAUUACAUUAUGGAUGAAUUUUAUGUGCUUUUAGAGCACACAGAGUUUCGCGAAAAGAGACAAAUCCUCUUACUUCUAGAUUCACUCAAGAAUUCUAUCACGGAACGAAAAAAUGAGGGGAAACAGCUACAACGCAUCCCAACUAUUAUCACAGUGUUUGUCGCGCAUGCGUUGAGUGCUCUUUUGAAUCCUGCGCAUUUCAUGUAUCCGAUAAUCAACAAGUUUUUGUUGCAAAGGCCUAUUUUGGAUCUCGAGGAUAUUCCCUUAUUUUACAGCCUUUUCUACUCGUCAACAGAGAAUUAUCAAAAAGAGCGAGUGUGGAUACUUCGUUUGUUGUCGGCUGGAUUAAGAUCCGUCGAGGACUACAAGCUAUUCAAACGACGACACGUAUGGGAUAUUAUCAGCGCAUACUAUAAUUCACAACUAGCUGAUAAUGUAACGCGGAAACUAGUAAUCGAGAUUCUUUUCAACGCUGCCUCAAUCCCACAAGUAAUUACCGAAAUGAUCACAAAAAAUGGUCUUUUAAGUUGGUUGCAUUAUCUUUGUUGUUUUGGUGGUGGUGAUUCCUCUACUACUACACUGCUUGGACCAGAAAAUGAUUUCUCGUUGGUUGCACCGAGAUUAUUGCUACGAGUACUUCAAGGGUCACGAUUACAACAACUACAAAAGAAAUUGAGGUUACAUCUUCAUAAUCGUGAUGAUUUUACCUUUUGGAUAGUAGAUCAGGCUGUAUGUGUUGCUACCGGGUUGAUACAAUUAUUGGAAAGUGUACCAACUAUUACCACCACGGAAUUCUCAUCCUCAAUUUACUGGUCACUCAAUCUACUCGAUACACUCGUUUCGAUAUUUCAUUAUCUGACACUUGUCUCGUCAUCUAAAGCAGCAGGAAAAAUUUUUUUACCGUAUCAUGCAUCAUUCAUAUUUGCAUUUCUUAAACGAUGCGAAAAAGAUCUAGUUUUUGUUAAUAACAAUUCGAAUAAUUUUAUGAUUGAUAAUACGAGACAAGAAUUCAUAAUACAGACGAAGAGGACGUUAUCAUCACUAUCAAAUACCUCUUUUGCAUCGUCGUCCGCAUCUUUUAGUUCGUACAAGUCUUUAUCGUCUUACUCGUCGCCACAGAUAACGGAUAGUUUAGAAUCAUUGUAUAUGCUCGAUACUGACGUGUCGACGGUGUAUCAACGUAUCAUAAGAAAGUUGUUCGAGAUGGUGGUGAUGAGUAAUCACAGUAUUAGCGGUAAUGGAAAUCAUGAAAAAGAGGUUUUUGCCGGGAUUACUGCUAGAGCUCUGUUGUUUGGUGUGUGUGACGAGGCAAAAGAUUGGGUUAGAGAGUGUUUGAACAGUUUAUAG